CUGUGAAUCUUGAUAUAUCCUCAAACAAAACAUGGCAACAGACAUCUUUAAAGAGGAAUACAACAAUGUCCAGGAGGAAAAUGACAGAUAUAGGCAGCUCAACAGCCAGCUGAAGGAUCAUUUGGUCUGUCUGGAUAGGGAGAUAGCUGUGGCAGACAGCAGGAUUCAAGAGAAAUUAGCAAUCCCUGGUGGCAUCGUCAAACACCAAGGGAAACAUCGUCGCCACUUGGGACGCAUUCGCAUCUUAGAAAACGAACUCCACCAGGACACUGUUAAAUUCAAUAAACUGAUGUGCAGCAAUGCAGAUUACCGUAAAAAAAUUGCUCACCUGCAGCAGCAGAAAGUCACAGGGUGGAACAUCGAGGAGAAGUUAAACAGACAUCUGGCUACACAGCAAAGCAUCAUGGACAAACUGGAGGUGAAGCUCUCCCUCGCUUUCAACUUGAGGUCAGAAGGAGAGACCCGAAUGCAGGAGAUGAGGGAGUCCAUGGAGGUGGAGACACUUGACUUCAUCAAGAGAAGAAUGGAGCUGAUGACUGUCAUCCACCAUGAUGCCAAACUGCAGGCUUUCAUGGAGACAAAGUUACAGGAAAUUGCUCUUUUAGAAGAGGAUGAGGACUCCAUGAAGAGAGAGAAACAGCUGCAAAAUCAGAAUGGAGGUAAGAAGUCGGAUGUGUACCUGCAGGCUUACAAUACACUGGUGGAAAUGACCGGAGAGAGAGACCUGUGUCAGAUAGAACGCAUCUUUAUUCGAAAUGAAGAGAGGAACUUCGCCCUCAUCAACUACAUCAACGAGCAGCACUACAAAUUGAACAAAUUGAAGAGAUGCGUAAACAAGAGGAAGAGUGACAUUCUGUUCCUUGAGCUAGAGAACAAACGACUUGAAGAGCAGAGAGCGAGGGAGUUUCAGGAGCUAGAGUCUGAGGUGGAGAAGAAUAGCUGUGUGGCUGACUCCUUGGAGAAGCAGUGCGCUGUAGUUCAGAAGAGGCUGGACGAGCUGAUGACUGGCAUCUCCAGCCUUUAUGCUGAGAUAAUGCAAACAUCUGUCACCGUCACUUUGGACAACGUUGUACAUGUCCUCGCUACCCUUGAGGAUAGAAUCAUUGAAAUACUGCUCCAGGCCAACAUGAGAGAUGAGCCUCCUCAGAAACUGCUGUUGGGCAACUUUGACUUGCUACCAGAGGGCAGAAAGUCUCAACCAUGCUCACCAAAUUUUGCCAGAUCAGAUGGAAAGUAGUGCUGUCACAUCGUCCUCUUUUCAUGCCAGUACAGCAGCAUGUUACAGGCUUCUGAUGGCAAUAAACAACA